UUUUGUCUGUGUGAAUUGAAAUGAAAAAGAAAAUCAUAAUCUCUCAUCACAGUUUCCAAAAACCUCAUAAAAACCCUUCUUUAAAAGCUCUUUGAGAGAUUAGAACAAGGGCUGAGUCAUUUUGUCCGAGUUGGUAACGCGAUGUCGACUCAGUUUCCGGACGAUUUCAAAUGCCCAAUAUCUCUCGAAAUAAUGUCUGACCCCGUUAUUCUUUCAUCGGGUCAUACUUUCGACCGGGUUUCAAUCCAACGGUGGUUAGAUUCCGGUCACCGUACUUGUCCGAUUACCAAGCUUCCCUUACCUGAACACCCGUGGCUUAUCCCUAACCAUGCUCUUCGUUCAUUGAUUUCCAAUUAUACCCUCGUCUCCCCCUCGAAAUCACAACCUUGUUCUCAGCCACAAACCCUUGUUUCUGCUUUGACGUCCCCUUCGUCUCCUAUUGGAACCAAGCUUGACUCGCUCACUCAUCUUGCCGGACUCACUAAGCGUGACUCGUCGCUUCGCCGUAAACUCACUGAGUCUGGGGCUGUACCCGCUGUUCUUAAGUUUGUUGACUCGGAGGAUCCGGUUUUACAAGAAAAGGCACUUUCUUUGCUCCUUAAUCUUAGUCUAGAUGAUGAUAACAAAGUGGGUUUAGUUGCAGAAGGUGCGGUAAACCGGGUCGUUAAAAUAUUACGUAUCGGUUCACCCGAUUGUAGAGCCAUAGCUGCAACGAUUAUAACUAGUUUAGCCGUCGUUGAAGUGAAUAAAGCGACGAUCGGAGCAUACCCAGAUGCGAUUCCGGCAUUGGUUCGGCUUUUAAUUGCAGGUAAAGGAAGGGAAAAGAAAGAGGCAGCAACAGCUUUAUAUGCAAUUUGUUCAUUUACUGAUAAUAGAAGAAGAGCUAUCGAUUGUGGUGCUGUGCCUAUAUUGAUAAAUUUAUUGGAUUUAGGGUUGGAACGGGCUAUUGAAGUGUUGGGAUUAUUGGUUAAAUGCAAAGAAGGAAGAGAAGAAAUGAUGAAAGUUAACGGGUGUGUUAAGGUUUUGGUUAAGGUUUUAAAGAAUGGGAGUUCAAGAGGGGUUCAAUAUGGGUUAUUUACUUUGAAUUGUUUGUGUAAUUAUAGUGAAAUUUUUUGUUUUGAAGCAAGAAAACAAGGGGUUUUAGGGAUUUGUAUGGGGUUAGUGGAAGAAGAAAAUGAGAAGAUUAAACGAUAUCUUUCGAAUUUGGUUCAAACUUUGAGUGGAAACCAUGCUAAUGGAUGAAUCAAUGCAUCAAUGGUGGAAAUGGAAAUGGAGGUGAGUUGUUUUUGUUUAGCUUUCUUGUACAAAAAGGUGGAAAAAAGAUUAGAUUUUUGUAUCUUUGUAUAUUUGAAUAAAAGUGGAACAUGAUGGAAUAUGAAGGAUUGUUGUUCUUCCUUGGUUUUUGGAUGUUGUAGUGAAAAACAAAAAAUCAAUAUUUAGUUGACUUGAAUCAUAGUUGCAUGUUUAUUUAA